CAAGGUGCGCGAAAGGUUAUCUGUCUGUCUGGUGCUCUACAACUUUAUUCGUUGUCCAGGGGACAAAUUUCGAAAUAUUAAUCCCCUCUUAUAAAAUAUGGAUUUCUAAAGAGCUACAGAUAAAAAGUAAAGGGGAUAAGUGGAUUUUAUAAAGCCGAGCAAAGUUUUAUUUUAAAGUUUUUAAAAGACCUUUUCACAAAUAACCAUCAAAAUGGUUCUUUCCCAAAGACAGAGAGAUGAAUUGAAUAAAGCCAUUGCUGACUAUCUUAGUUCGAAUGGAUAUGUCAGUGCUUUAGGAGAAUUCCAAAAAGAGGCCAAUAUAACAAAUGAGAUUGAUAAGAAACAUGCUGGCCUCUUAGAGAAAAAAUGGACAUCUGUUAUCAGAUUGCAGAAAAAGGUUAUGGAUUUAGAAUCCAAGCUAACAGAAGCUGAGAAAGAGUUUAGUAUUGGAGCUCCAACAAGAGAUAAGCGCAGUCCAGCUGAAUGGAUUCCUAGAGCUCCAGAACGGUAUGCUCUCAGCGGUCAUCGUAGUCCAGUGACUAAAGUUUUAUUUCACCCUGUUUUUAGUGUAGUUAUUUCGGCUAGUGAAGAUGCCACUAUAAAGAUAUGGGAUUAUGAAACCGGUGAUUAUGAGAGGUCAUUAAAAGGCCAUACAGAUUCUAUACAAGAUAUAGCUUUUGAUCAUACCGGUAAACUGUUAGUUUCUUGCUCGGCUGAUAUGAUGAUUAAGUUAUGGGAUUUUCAAGGAUUUGAAUGUCUGAAGACAAUGUUUGGACAUGAUCAUAAUGUUUCGAGUGUUACAUUCAUGCCAAGUGGUGAUUUUAUAGUCUCUGCUUCUAGAGAUAAAACUAUUAAAAUGUGGGAAGUUGCAACUGGAUACUGUGUUAAGACAUUUACUGGACAUCGUGAAUGGGUCAGAAUGGUAAGAGUUAAUAAAGAUGGUUCGCUGCUGGCCAGCUGUUCUAAUGAUCAGACUGUUCGUGUAUGGGUUGUUGCUACUAAGGAAUGUAAAGCUGAAUUAAGAGAACAUGAACAUACUGUAGAAUGUUUAGCCUGGGCCCCAGAAUCAGCUUACCCUUCAAUAGGGGAAGCAUCAGGCUCAGAUUCCAAGAAAUCACCAGGACCAUUCAUUGUAUCAGGAUCUAGAGAUAAAACUAUGAAAAUGUGGGAUGUUGGAAGUGGAAUUUGUCUAUUUACUUUGGUUGGACAUGAUAAUUGGGUUCGAGGAGUAGUCUUUCAUCCAGGAGGACUGUAUUUACUCAGUGCUUCAGAUGAUAAAACAUUACGAGUAUGGGAUAUCAAAAAUAAGAGAAACCACAAAACUCUAGAAGCACAUUCACACUUUACUACGUCAGUAGAUAUGCAUAAGAGUUCCCCAUAUGUGGUAACUGGUAGUGUGGAUCAAAGUGUCAAGAUUUGGGAAUGUAGAUAAAUACAGUAGAAGCUAGGCAUUGUUAAUGUUGAAAAACACUGGUAUUUUACAAAACAGUUGAUAUGUUAGCAAAAAAAUCUUAGAAAAUCCUUAUUAGACUUAAAUAGUCUUUAAUAUAUAUAGUGCUUUUAAAUUUCUUAACACUUCUCACCGUUUGAAGUUAUUUUUUGCCAUCUUUAAUUUUAUGAAAAAAUGUCACUUGAUCUAAUUUGCAAUAUUACCAACUGUUUUGAACCAGGUCGACUUGAAAAACACCUUCAGUCAAUGAUUUUUCAAUGUAAGACAAAGGGAAGUAACCACCAUCUCGCUUCAGUAAUCGCUCAUGCACCAGUUUGUUAUAAAUGUGGGCUUACAGUAUCCCGAUUAUGAAGCUAGCUCUCAAUGUAUAAUUUAUUGAUAUUAUUAAUAAUGAAUUAUUCAAUCUAUGUGCUAUUUAUUAAUUGUGAUAUUUUUUUCUCUCCUUAUAUAUUGAUUUCAUUGAAUUCAUAUGACCAGGGUAGAGUGACACAUGCCGAAAAGUUACUUUGAUAGAGGACUGCUGCUUUGCGACAAAAUUUACUAAGAAAAUUCGUGGACAGUAAUAAGAGAAUUCAUACAACAUUGUAUUGCAAUAUACUUAGAUCAAAUUUUAAUACCAUUUUGUAACUACAUGGCUUCUAAACAAAGAGACUGUUUUGAUUGAGGUCACAUUUUUUUCAUUAUUUAUCAUUUACUUUGUUUAAAAAAUCAAGCCUGUUAAAUUGGUCCAAUGCCUUCUUUAGCUGUGCUGGAUAAGUCGAAAACAAAGCACUGUCUUCAUUAAUGAAUAUAGGCAUUUGAAUAUAAUGAUUAUCAACAUAAAAUAGCCCAAAUGGUAGUGAAGCUUACCACAAUAUUGGGAAAGGGAAGAUGCAAACAAAAUGGCAUUUAACAUCUUAUAUUCUGUUUUAUAUACUCUUAACACAAAUAAUUAUCUUCAAAAUAAUUGCCAUCUUUCGUGAAUAUUGAAUAUAAUAAAUCAUUUGUGUUUAACUCUAUUUAGAAGAGAGCACAUUUCUAUUUGACUUUUGAGGUUAUUUCGUCUCUCUAUGACAUGACCUGAUGAUGUUUGGUUUGGCGAUCAAGUUCAACAAGAACCUUACCUAAUUCUAAUUAUUGAACUCUUCUUGUCGAUCUGUAACAUGCUUGUGUGGAAGUGUUCACUAAAAUGUGGAGGGGUGUCAAGUUAUGUCUAGCCCAACCUCCCAACCAUUAGUCAUGCCUGUUGUAAAGGGAUUUUAAUUUCGUAAUUUGUUAAUUAGGUCAAGAUAUCUUUAAUUUUCGAUUCUCUUCUGCAGACUCAAAAUUCUUUGGAAUUUUCUGAUAAUUGAGCUAUCAUGCCACAUUAAAGUCCAACAUUGUAGAGUUUAAGAUUGAGAUUUUUUUUAAUAUUAAAGAACACUGCUAUUAUUAUCAACCAAAUAUUUGAUGUGCUUGAUAGUUACUUAUUAUUAUUAUUGUUAUUGUAUAUAUUUGUAUAGUUCAUUGAUACUUGUCUUCGCUUUGUGUAAUUUAUUGUUUUCAAUGUAGUGCUCAGUGAGCUCAGUUUCUUAUAAAUUGUCAAUUUGACAUCCUUAAAGCAGACUGGAAAUAUUUGGUUAAGAAAGUAAUAGCAGGAAUGGUGACUCAAAUCUUUCUCCCAGUGUUCAACAUUUUGAAGGUUUUGGUUGAUACUGUUAAAAGUUUAUUUUGGUUUCUAAAAGGAAUAUUCUUUCUUUUAUGAACAUUAAGAAAAAAAUGUUCAAAAUCAAUCUGAUUAAAAAAAAACUUAAUUUGUAAUUGUUCAUUUCAACUAUGAUAUAUAUAUAUAGAUUUCAACAUUUACAAGGUGAGAAUUGGUGCACAUUGUCACUUCAAGAUAGCUCAUACAAAAAUAGAUACUUCUGAAAGAUUAAUUUUCAAAUAGAUUGUUUAUAAGAAACUGCGCUUAAAUUUAGUAAAAAUAAGAACAAAAUUCUGAUUUAAAAAACUGAAAAAAAAAAAAAAUUGACAUGUGCUUGAGUGCAGUAGAAUCAUUUAAUUAUUCAACAAUACCACUGUUGCUCUUUAUUAUAGCUUUUGUGCAAUUUUGCCCUUUCGGAUUGAAUAUUUGCAUUUUUCCAUUGUUGCUUAUUAGUUUUAUUGGAGAUCAAGUUGUUAGUUUGAUGUCAUACUUUGGUUAGUGGCAUAUGAGAAAAAUGAAAGAUCCUUUUAUGAUUUAAGGUAAUCUAAACGAUCGCAUUUCAAUGCUUGACAGAAAACAGGUGAAAAUACUUUUAAUGUAGUACUUGUAUUUAAGCUUUUGAUUAUGACUACAAGACGUGAUGCAUCUGUCCAAAGUGAGUCAUUUUACCCCUUUCUUUAGGUUUGUGCAAUGUACUAUUACUGGUAUUGAGUGUUGCAAUGUGUUAUCUGAGCUGAUUCAAUGUUGCUUCCAUCUGGAGAAGAAAUCAGGCUGGCGUUGAUUUCUUAAGACUUCUAUCACAUUUGUAUAAUUCUUGUCAACUGAACUCAAGAUGUAUAGGGUAUUAGUUUCAGAGUGUUCUUAAAACUUACGAAAUAAAACACAAACCCGGUUUCUAAGGCGUGAAUUUUUUUUCUUUAACUUACAUGAAUAUUCUUUCAAGUUAAAAUUUUUUAGAUAAAUGCAGGUGAUCUGGUAAAUUGUGUUUGAACUGUUAGCACAAAUACAUAUACCUAGAAAACACAUUAUUUGCAUUGUUCUUGUGAUAUAGAUGUUAAAUAGUUCUUAUUACUGGUCUCAAGCAUAAUCUCAUUAUAUUUAAAUUAUGGCAUAUUUCUUAUUAUUACAAAAUAUUUAUUAUUUCACUUCAAGUAGAGUAGUUUCUAGAUGACGUAGAUAAACCCUGUAUAAAACUUUGAUUAAUUCAGAUAUAUUUUUCAAUCAAAACUAUGAUAGAAACUAGAGAGUCCACAAUGUUAUUGGCCAAAGGAAAAGUAACAUCUGUAACUGAAAUUUUGGAUGCAUUACACAAAGACUUAAUUUACACAGAGUUGGACCUACUUCGAACUAAUAUAACAUAAAUUACAGGGUUUAUCAGGAUAGAAUUAGUCCUUUAUCAAUGGUGUAUGGAGAUAGGUUUAGCAAUUUAUGUAGUGUACAGACAUUUUCUUUUGUAAUUAUUUUUAACAAAGCACAUUUGUAGAAAAAAGUUGAUCUUAAAAACGUUUUCUUUACUUCUUACUUUUAAUUCUUUCACUUCUGAAAUUUGAAAUGCAAAAAAUUUAACGUUAUUUGCAUUCCAAAUAAUAAAAUUUUGGGACUUUUUUUUUUCUUUGUAAAUCUUAGUUUCAUUUAUUUUCUUAAAAUUGACUCUAAAUGAUGUCUCGUGGCUAAUAUUUUUAAGGAUUAAAAAUUUGACAAAAAUACUUUAUAAAGAUAUAAAAUAAUUAACAAAAUUUAUAGCUUGAUGUUUUGGCAUAGAUUGUUUUGGACAUUCUACUCAAAUUUUCUUGGUAUGUCUAUUAAAGAUUGAAGACUGAUGGAAGUAGUUAGGAAAAUAAGUGGAAUUGAUUUCAUAUUAAAUGUCUUAAAAGCAGGAAUAUAUUAAAAGAUUAAUGAAAUUAAAUUUGGCAUUAUGGAAGUAUUACCAAAAAAUUGAUUAGUAACAUUCCAUUUUGAGUUUUUCUUAACACACCAGUGAAGAUUUCCUAAUCAAAUAUUUUCAAAUUACAAGUUAGAAAACUGAACUAUUACUGAUAAAUUGUCUUUGUCUAUAUGAUAUAAAAUAAUGUGGUUAUUGUUAGAUUGUCUAUCAUGUUUAUUAUUAUAAUGCUAUUUGUCCAACACCACAGUAAGUUCUAUGUCAAUAAAUUAUAGAAAAAAAA